CCGUAUUAUCAUUUGGGAGAGUGGAUAAGGCCGUUUCCGGUGAGAUCAUGUCAGCGGCCCCAUUAAGCUCCGCUCUCGCUCUCGGCGGCGGCGGCGCCGUCUCAUACUCACGCGACCCUCCUCCGGCGGCGCAGCACCCUCUCCUUCCUUCUGACCACGCCGCCGCCCUAAUUGAGCAAUGCCGCUCGACGCACAACCUCCUCCAGCUCCACGCCGCCGUCCUCCGCGCAGGCCUCCACCACCACCCAAUCGUCAACUUCAAGCUCCAGCGCGCCUACUCCGGCCUCGGCCUCCUCGACCGCUCCCUCUCCCUCCUCCGCCUCACUCCCAGCCCCAACAUCUACUUCUGGACCGCCGCCAUCCACGCCCACGCACUCCAAGGCCUCCACGGCGACGCGCUCCUUCUCUUCUCCGACAUGCUUUCCUCCUCCGUCGAGCCCAACGCCUUCACCUUCUCUUCCGCCCUCAAGGCUUGCCCUUUGCGCUCGGGUCGUGCUCUCCACGGCCACUCCCUCAAGCUGUCUCUCCACUCCGAUCCCUACGUCGCCACUGCUCUCCUCGACAUGUACGCGCGCGGCGGCGACGUCGUGUCCGCCCGCAGCCUGUUUGAUGCAAUGCCUGAGAGACGGCUAGUGUCGUCCACGGCCAUGAUGACCUGCUACUCUAAAAUGGGCGAUUUGGACCAGGCCCGGAAGUUGUUCGACGAAAUGGGCGAGAGAGAUUCUAUUUGUUGGAACACCAUGAUCGAUGGCUACACCCAGCACGGCCAGCCUAACCAGGCCCUGCUAUUGUUCAGGAAGAUGCUACGGUCGUCGGUGAAACCGAACGAGGUCACGGUGAUUUCGGUACUCUCUGCCAUUGCCCAGCAGGGCUCUGCGGGGGUGGGCAGAUGGGUGCAUUCCUUCAUAGACAACAAUCCCAUAGAGUUCAAUGCCAAAGUGGGCACUGCAUUGAUCGACAUGUACUGGAAAUGCGGCAGCUUGGAAGAUGCUCGUGCAGUCUUCGAUAGCAUCACUGACAAGGAUGUUGUUGUUUGGAAUUCGAUGAUCGGAGGCUAUGCAAUGCAUGGGUACAGCCGCGAGGCCCUUGAACUAUUCUCUAGACUGCGCGCGGAAGGUCUCCGACCAACAGAUAUCACAUUCAUUGGGGUCCUGAAUGCUUGUAGCCAUUCCGGUUUGGUUGAAGAAGGGCGGGAAUUAUUCCGCUCGAUGGAAAAGGAUUACGGGAUCGAGCCUAAGAUCGAGCACUAUGGUUGCAUAGUGGAUCUUCUCGGUCGUGCUGGGUUUGUGGAAGAAGCUUUUGAGCUUGUUCAAGGGAUGAAGAUUCCGGCAGACCCAGUGAUCUGGGGCUCAUUGUUGGCAGCUUGUAGGCUUCAUAACAACAUGGCCUUGGGGGAGAAGAUUGCGAAUUUCCUUGUUAGUAAAGACCUUGCAAAUUCGGGGGCGUACAUCCUUCUAUCGAAUAUAUAUGCUGCGGUGGGGAAUUGGGAAGCUGUGGGUCGAGUGAGGACCUUGAUGAAGGAGAAUGGAGUGGAGAAAGAGCCCGGCUGUACUUCGAUUGAAGUAGCUAACAAAGUGCAUGAGUUUGUUGUGGGAGACUUGAGCCAUCCAAGAAGCGAAGAGAUCUACAUGAUGUUGGAGGAGCUGAAUGCACUUCUCAGAGCUCAUGGCUACGCACCACAAACUGAGCUGGUAUUGCAUGACUUAGAGGAGGCAGCGAAAGAGAGGGUGCUCGGAGUUCAUAGCGAGAAAUUGGCAAUUGCCUUUGGGCUCAUAAGCACUCAACCGGGGACGACAAUCAAGAUUGCGAAGAACCUCCGUGUUUGCGUAGAUUGUCAUACGGCCACCAAGUUGAUAUCUAGGAUCACAAAGCGGAAGAUCAUCGUUCGAGAUCGGAAUAGGUUCCACCAUUUUGUUGAUGGCUCUUGUUCUUGUGGAGACUAUUGGUAAAUGAACUUUUGAAAAAUGGUGUCAUUUGUAUCCUUUCUAUCGAUACCUUGUUGUAGAAAUAUUGUAUGUUAAUUUUCAGCCCUGCAACUAACAAAUAAUAUUGUAUGCAUUCUACUGGUCUAAAGUGGGCCGAGAUGUUCUUAAAGGAGGAUGCUUCUUUGACGUUUA